AUGGCUGAGUUCAAUAAUGUUCCGGUAGUGGGUCGAAAUGGAUAUAUUGAAGUCGACACUGCAUUUCAUAACGACAUUUCUCCAGUAAAAGUAGAUCUUGUCUUUGGAACUUUCAGAUCGGAAGAUACUAGUCAAUAUCUAUUACCUGUGGUUAAGAGAGCAGAAAACAUGGUUGUAAAUGAUACUUCGAGUCACGAUUACUUAUCACCUGCUGGAAUUGAAGGUUUUACAAAAUCGGCAAGCGGUUUAUUGUUAGGAGAUAUUAAUCAACUGUGGAAAGAAGGAAUGGUAUUUGGUGUUCAAUGUAUUGGCGGAGCCGGAGCUUUGAAAAUUGGUGCUGAAUUCUUAUCGCGACAUAUGAAUUGUACAACUGUCUAUUAUCCUGAUCCAUCAUAUGUUCAUCAAUACUUUUCAGAAAUACAUGGAACAAUAUUCGCGUUUAGUGGAUUUCAAAACACAUUUGAAUAUCGUUACCUGAAUAGAGAAACUAAAGAAAUUGAUUUUGAUGGGCUUUGUGAGGAUAUUUCUAAUGCGUCCGUUGAUUCUGUCGUAAUAUUGCAUGCAUGUGGUCAUAAUCCAACUGGUUUAGAUCUGACUAAAGAUCAAUGGAAAAUCAUUGCUGAAAUUAUGAAAGAACGUAAAUUGAUACCAUUCUUCGACAUUGCGUAUCAAGGAAUGGCGUCUGGAAAUAUUGAAGAAGACGCCUGGGCGAUUCGUUAUUUCCAUAGUGAAGGGUUACAAUUUCUAUGCGCACAAUCUUUUUCCAAGAUGUUCACUAUGUAUAGUGAGUACUGAGUUAUCAACUAAACUACUUUAACUUAAA